CUACUCAUUCCCUUUCAUUGCUCAUUCCCCCAAUUUGCCUUAGUGGCAUUUAACACAAUGGCUGGUUCUCAUUCUCGCAGUGAACUUCAUGUUUUCCACACUGGGGAUGAUCAGCGACCUCAGCCAGCAGAAACCAGAGAUCAGUCAGAAGCUCGGAUGUCUUCUUUGAAGAAAAUAUGCAAGAUUUGUGGAGACGAGAUUGGAGUGAAGGAAAACGGGGACGCGUUUGUUGCUUGUAGUGAGUGUGGAUUCCCAGUUUGCAGGCCAUGUUAUGAGUAUGAGAGGAGUGAAGGCAAUCAGUCUUGCCCUCACUGUCAUUCUCGCUAUAAGCGUCAUAAAGGUUGUCCUAGAGUUGCAGGUGAUGAUGAAGAUGACUUUGAUCAUGAUGAUUUUGACCAAGAAUUUCAGAUCAAGAAUCAUCAUACUUCUCCCAACCACCACCACUCGGAGAAUGGAGACUAUAAUCAACAGCAUCACAACGCAAAUGGCGCUGCUUAUAAUCAAUCCGUUACUGGAAGCGUGGCAGGCAAAGAUUUGGAAGAUGAGCAGAAAGAAACUUAUGGUGACGCAGAAUGGAAGGAAAGAGUUGAGAAAUGGAAGAACAGGCAAGAAAAGAGAGGUCUAGUAAGCAAAUUGGGUGAUGGUGGAAAUGAUCAAGCUGAUGAAGAUGAUGACUAUCUUUUGGCUGAAGCUCGGCAACCACUCUGGCGAAAAGUUCCACUUCCAUCAAGCCUAAUUAGUCCAUAUCGCAUAGUCAUUGUACUCAGGCUUGUAAUUCUUGGAUUCUUCUUCCAUUUCCGGAUCUUAACGCCAGCCAAUGAUGCUUAUCCAUUAUGGAUUAUCUCUGUAAUAUGUGAAAUAUGGUUUGGUCUAUCAUGGAUACUUGAUCAGUUCCCCAAAUGGUCACCCAUAAACCGUGAAACUUACCUUGAUCGCUUGGCAUUGAGGUUUGAGCGUGAAGGCGAGCCGAAUCGUUUAGCUCCAGUGGAUGUGUUUGUGAGCACAGUUGAUCCCCUUAAGGAGCCUCCUAUUAUCACUGCAAACACAGUUUUGUCGAUCUUGGCUGUUGAUUACCCUGUUGAGAAGGUCAGCUGUUAUGUAUCAGAUGAUGGUGCAUCAAUGCUGCUGUUUGAUGCAUUAGCAGAAACGGCGGAAUUCGCAAGGAGAUGGGUGCCAUUUUGUAAGAAAUAUAACGUAGAGCCUCGAGCACCUGAUUUCUACUUCAAUGAAAAGAUUGAUUACUUGAAAGAUAAAGUUCAGCCUACCUUCGUCAAGGACCGCAGAGCCAUGAAG